UUCACGAUCCAUUGGAAGUGUCUGUUGAUGAAAAGAAGUGGCAUAAUGUAAAUGGUCACGCUGUUGUGGAUGCUCAACAUCCAGUCAGGACAUAAAUUCCUAUGCGUGUGCAGAGCAAAUGUGGCUGUGCGUAAGGAGCUUCACACUCCUGCAUCUGAUCGAUCUUGUACUCAUUUGGAAUUUGAGAUUUCAGGAACUGGAGUUGCAUAUGAAACAGGGGACCAUGUUGGUGUUUACUGUGAGAAUUUGUCUGAAACUGUGGAAGAUGCAUUAAGGUUAAUAGGGCGCGGCGUAGUAGCGUAG